GCGUGCAUGUGUGUGUGUGUGUGCGUGCAUGUGUGUGCGUGUGAGUGAAAGAGAAAAAGCGAGAGCCAAAAGAGCAAAAGAAAGUAUGCAUGCAUGAUUGUGCAGACAAAUGUGUGUCUUUGAGUGUGAGCCAACCUUGUUUGUAUGCUUGUGUUCGUAGGCAGUGUGUGUGUGUGUGUGUGUGUGUGUGUGUGUGUGUGUGUGUCCUGACAAAGGCUCCAUCCAGCCAGACUGCAGAGGGCUGCUUGUUCCCAGAGACCCUCGGAGCUCCAGGACACCCAGUCUCUCCGCUGCCUGCAGCCCAGACACAGCAGCCCCGACACGGACGCAGAGCCUCACCUGCCCCCCUCCUCCUCCUGGAGCUCCAACGCCUGUUUGGAUUACUAAUGGACGGGACCAACAGAGUCAAGUUUUAAAGUGGGGGACUUGAAAAGGAGUGUUGGGAGUUUCAAAACACAAGUCUGAGAAGAGAAGAAAAGAACUUCAUCUUAUCUGGACUACAAAAUUAAAAUUCAGCGUUUCUUCAUCAUUUGGAAACUUGAUGAAGAAACUUUUGACGACGCCUUUGUGAAACGUCUGCGAUCUUUUCCUGGAUUUUGUCAAAUUCCCCCGAACAAACUGUCCAGGAGCUCUGAAUUAAACCUGCAUCUUUUCAGCGACUUUUUCCAGCAUCAGGUCGGUCGUUUUGUUUGAUGGUAUUUGGACUUUUGGAAUUGUAUUGAAGCUCCGCACCAAAUUCUGCCCAAUCAUCUUAUCGUGAAGUCCUUUAAAGCUCCAAAGCAACCGAACCCGGAUCGGUUCUGACGCCUGAAGUCUUCGUCAUGGUCCCGUCUGUCGGCCUGUGGUUGUGUCUGAAUCUGCUGUUGACGGACGCCAAGAGCGUCGAGCAGCACGGCGGUCAGAGCGACGCCCUCCAACCCCUCUGGACCACCGAGCAGCUCCGGACCGGCGACGCCCCCAACCAGAGCCGUCCCCUCCCCGAGAUGCUGGAUCUGGACGUGGACCGGAUCCGCCGCCUGGCCCGCGGCGCCGACGAGGAGGAGCAGCAGUCCACCUUCAGCCAGUCCUUCGAGAACGACUCGGUGACGGCGCCGCAGGCCACCGAGUUCGCCAACGGGACACAAAUGGGAGCCGGCGGCACCGGCGAUGAUGUCAGCCUUCGUGGAAACGCCUCCAGCUCGGACCGCGACCCACCGGGACUCUUCAACCCCUUCUACCCGCUGACGGACGGAUCGUACGCGGCCUACGCCGUCCUCUUCCUGGCCGGCCUGGUGCUGGCCGUGGGCGUGGUGGGAAACAUGGCGGUCAUGUGUGUCGUCUGGAACAACUACUACAUGAGGUCCGCCUGGAACUACCUGCUGGCCAGCAUGGCAUUCUGGGACUUCCUGGUCCUGGUGCUCUGCCUCCCUGUGGUGGUCCUCAACCAGCUCUCCCAUAGGAGGAUCCUGGGCGACAUCACCUGCAGUAUGGUGCCUUAUAUGGAGGCCGUGUCUCUGGGCAUCACCUCCUUCACUCUGUGCGCUCUGGGCAUCGACCGUUUCCUCGCCGCCACCUCCUCCUCCUCCUCCUCCUCCUCCUCCUCCUCCCAGCUGAAGGCCCGGCGGGUGGAGCGCUGCGGCGCCGUGCUGCUGAAGCUGCUGCUGGUGUGGCUCGCCGCCCUGACGCUGUCCAGCCCCGAGGUCUUCCUGUGGCAGCCGAGCCGGGCCGUGUCCCCGUCCUCGGGCCGGCUGGUGGACUCCUGCAGCGUCACCCCGUCCUCGCCCCUGUCCCUCCACCUGCCCGACUCCCUGCACUCGCUGCUGCUCCGGUACCACCAGGGCCGGAUGUGGUGGUGCUUCGGCUGCUACUUCUGCCUGCCCAUCCUCUUCACCGUGCUCUGCCAAAUGGCCACCCGCAACGUCAACAGCGACUCUAGCUCCGCCCAGAAGCAGCGCGGCCACGACGACCGCUCCUCCAAUCAGAAGCGGCAGCAGCACCAGGCGGUGGAGCGGCAGCUGAACUGCACGCUGCUGGCGCUGGCCGUGGUGUACGGCGUCUGCGCGCUGCCAGAACACGUCUGCAACAUCACGCUGGCCUACACCAGCAUCAGCAUCUCCGAGGACACGGCCGCCACGCUGGCGCUGCUGCAUCACUUCCUGCUGUUCUUCAAGUCCUCGGUGACGCCGGUGCUGCUGCUGUGUCUGUGUAAGGCUCUCGGUCAGGCCUUCAUGGACUGCUGCUGCUGCUGCUGUCAGGAGUGUCAGCCAACCAGCGCCCAGGGAUCACCAAGCUCCGCCCAGGUCAAACUGAAGGCAGCCAAUGAGGCGUCCAUCUUCUUCGAUAAGGCUAAAGACACGUCGGCCAUCUUGUCCAUCACGAGCUAGAGCCACUGGUCCCUCUUUAUCCAUCAAUCCAUCUCCUCCUCCUCUUUUUUUACGGUUUCUCUUCCAUCAUUAGUUUUCGUUAACCCAACAGUUUCCUCUCUCCUCAACCGUCAUCUUUUCUUCCUCCUCCUCUUCCAGUUUCCAUUUGUAUGAUAUUCCUCUAUGGACACAGUGUUUCUCCCUCCAGCUUCCUGUCUGUGCAGGAAGUGAAGUUUAAUCUGUAGUGAUGGUAGAAAAGUUGCUGUUCUUGCACAACCAGCUGUUUCAGGACUCUUCCCUCCGACGUUGAUGUGAAGCUCACGGAUGUUUCAGACGCCGAGGACGCUGAAAUAAAACAGGAGUAGAACGGACUUUGGGCAGUUUGAUCGGCACAGAAUAAAAUGACGAUGGUGGAACUAGCUAGCGUGCUAAUUGGCCAGCUGUGAGCAAGUUAACAAGCUAGCAUGCUAACUAGCCAGCUGUGAGCAAGUUAACAAGCUAGCGUGCUAACUAACCAGCUCGAGCUAGCGUGCUAAUUCUACCAAUGCGUUGAUGCUACACUGGGACGAGAGGGACGAUGAAGCGUGAGGUCCGUUGGAGAUGAGCCGGUCCUGAUCAGAAUCAAUCACAAU